AUGUUUGAGAUUAAGCUGAAUGAUAAACUGGUAGAGAUUCUGGAGCCCAUGGGGCCUGAAAGCCCCGAAAUUCAAAGAUUCUUGGAAGCCAGAAGUAUCCCGGUGAAGAACUUGUUGGCAUUGAAGAAGGAAAAAGUGGGACAUAUGCAGAUCAGCCAAGUCUUACAUCCCUUGGAGUUUAGCUUCAAGUCGCGGCCCACUCGUGGCUCUGGGUACAGUGAAAAGUUCAAAAAACAUCUGGAUCGCCUGCGACUGGAAAUAGAUGAGAAAGAAUACCAGGAAAUGGUGAGACGAGAUGGGCUUACUGCGUCCCACGAUGAGGAAAAUCUCACGCCAGCGCAAAUGAAUAAACAGGUGAAAGAGCAAAUCACAACUGUUUUCAACAUUCUGGUUUCGGUUGUGUCGGUUGUUUUUGCAGCAUGGUAUUGGUCGGGGUCUUCUUCAGGAAUGCAGCCACAUAAUAGGAUAUUCUUGUGUCUGUUCAGUGGGAUCUUAGUUUUGGUGGCAGAAGUGGUAGUUUAUAAUAGCUAUCUGCAAAAAAUCGAUGACGCCAGAACCAAAGAAAGAAGCAAGCGAGAGGUUAAGACGGUCGUAGGACAGAUCUGA